ACCAGCCCGCCAGUUUCAAAUAUUCAUCUUGAUCAUAUGUUUUGCUUUGAUUUUGUCAUGUUUUGAUUUUUAUUUUUGAAUUUAUUUCCAUUUUUUGUUUGUUCAUAUAAUAUUUAUUCAUCAUUUUUUUAAUGGAAGGUUUCAUCAAUGUAUCACCCAAUGAAUUGAACUUAUCACUGACACUUGUUUGUGGCCAGUGCUUCAGAUGGAAGAGACGUAAACAAGACGAUAAUGUCUGGUUCGGGGUAAUUCUUGAUAAAGUAUUUGAAUUGAACCAAAAAAUUCUGAAAACUGGCUCUAAACCAGAAAGUCGCAUUCAUUGGAAAUUACUAAAUCCUAGUUUUGCUGGUGGUUCCAAAACUAAACGCCGUAAGCUGUCUUCAAAUGAUGUUACAGACUUAUUGAGUGAUUAUUUCCAGUUAAAAGUGCCAUUGGUCGAUUAUUACUCCAAAUGGUCUAGCAUCGAUGAUAAUUUUAGCUCAAAAGGAUCUCAACUGCCAGGUAUUAGGAUAUUACGACAAGAUCCAGUUGAAAAUUUGUUUUCUUUCAUCUGUUCUUCCAAUAACAAUAUUCCGCGGAUCUCAAUGAUGGUUGAAGCUUUGUGUUCUACUUAUGGCCAGCAAUUAUUUGAAGAUUCCGAAUAUGGUCCUAUUUAUGGAUUCCCGACAAUUAAUGCUCUUGCUGUUGAUGCUGUGGAAAGUAAACUAAGGUCUCUCAAUUUUGGGUAUAGAGCAAAGUUCAUAAGUCAGACCGCUAAAUCAAUAGUGUCGUAUAAUAAAAGCGAGCCAUCUAAAUGGUUGUAUGAUUUAAGAAAUGAAAGCUAUGAAGAUGCUCAUAGUAAACUGAUGACUCUUCCUGGCGUUGGUGCUAAAGUCGCAGACUGUGUCUGUCUCAUGUCUUUGGAUAAACAUGAUGCCAUUCCUGUAGAUACUCAUGUUUGGAAGAUCGCAAUCAAUGAUUAUAUGCCCCAUAUGAAGAAAAACAAGACAAUGACAGAUAAAGCUUACAAAGAAGUUGGAAAUUUUUUUCGUUCUCAUUUUGGACCUUAUUCUGGAUGGGCUCACUCAGUUUUGUUUACUGCUGAUUUGAGUAAAUUCAAAAAGCUCAUAAAAUAAAAGUCAUCUCACCUAUCAGAGUUUCAUCUAUUACUCUCAUUUUCGUUAUUAUGUAUUUAGAUAUUCUGAAUGUUUAAUGAAGAAAGUCUUUCGAACUGAGUUCAAUUCUUUAUGUUUCUAAA